AUUCAGCGCUCAAGUUUCACGAGAUUGACGCGAUCAUCGCUAGGUUAGGGGUGAGGAGAAAUCAGCACUGUCUGUUGUGUAUUACAACAUUACACCUGCAACUUCCAGACAUAGAGUUCCACGGGUCAACGUUUUAAAAUGAAUCCGGUCCUGUCGCCUGGAAUGAUCAGAGAUUCCGAUCAACAAGACAGAAAACCGGAAAUUCUUUGUUUUGUUUGUGGUGACAAAGCUUCUGGGAAGCAUUAUGGCGUCCAAAGCUGCGAUGGUUGUCGAGGGUUCUUCAAGCGCAGCAUCCGCCGGAGUUUGGAGUAUGUCUGCAAGGAAAACGGAAAUUGCGUGGUAGAUGUAGCGCGUAGAAACCAAUGUCAAGCAUGUAGGUUCCGGAAGUGUCUAGAAAUGAAGAUGAACCGAGAUGCCGUGCAGCACGAGCGGGCUCCCCGAUGUUACCAAUACAAGAGAGACAACCCUGAACACUACAGCGAACCCUUAAAGAAAUCUGCCCCAUUCCCUCACCACAUCGGAGACUUGUUCGAGCGACAGAGAUGCUAUACAUACAAUCAGAUUCCAAAUUAUGGUAUGAACAUCGGUUACCACCCAGAAUACACCGUCCCUAGAUACUCCCCAUACAUCCCCACCCUCCCAGUCCCCAUACCAGAUCAAAGACGGAACUACUUUCUGUCGGCAAACAUCACUAACGGCAAUAUUGACAUCGGACUCCGACCACACCAGGAUAUCAGUGACGGAGGGAGUAGCAGCGUAUCCUCUACCAACUCUUCAAUUAACGGGGGAGAUAAAAGUAUAAGCCGUUCACCGUCUCCCUCCGUAGACUCCACCCAGAGUAGUGGGUCACCGCAGCGUGAUACCAGUCCUGCUCCACGUGUCAUUAAGCACGAAAAAGAUACGGACAUCAAAUCGGGGGUAGAAAUGUCUUCCCCAGUAAGUUCUAGUACUUCAGUAGCUGACGAAAAAACUCAGCGUACCCCACCCAAAAUGGCGCUGCUUCUCACAAGUGGCAUCGACCAGAACACACCCAUAGUGCCGCCCCAGUUCACAGACAAACCCACGGACAAUCCUCUCUACACCAGUCCCUCUAACCAGGAGUGUAUGUUUGAGACCACCGCCAAACUCCUGUUUAUGUCAGUCAAAUGGGCGAGAAGCAUUCCUUCUUUUCUCCAACUGCUAUUCAGAGAUCAGGCCAUUCUUUUGGAGGAGUCGUGGUGCGAAUUGUUUGUCCUCAGUGCUGCUCAAUGGUCACUUAACAUUGAUAUCGGUUACCUGUUGAGUGCUAACGGAUACACAUUAGAUGGCCCCCACAUGGAAAAAACGUCACUGAUGUCUGUGCAGUUAAGGCAGGUUCAGGACAUCAUUUACCGCCUGAACAAUAUCCGGGUCGAUUCAACAGAGUACGCAUGUCUCAAAGCUUUACUUUUGUUUAAGCCAGAUGUUAAAGGCCUACGUGAUCCGUUACAAGUGGAAACAUUACAGGACCAAGCGCAGAUGAUGCUCUACGAUUACGUCACGAACCAAAAACUUGCUAAAACCAGGUUCGGAAGACUACUUUUACAACUUCCCGCUCUGCGCAAUGUAAGUUCGCGCGCAAUGGAGGAAAUCUUCUUCCGGAGAACAAUUGGUAACAUUCCGAUAGAAAGAAUUCUCUGUGACAUGUUCAAGUCAAGUUAAGUCACACUCGUCUGUUUCCAUCACAUUCUCGUUACCAUGGUUGCUUUGUAGUAUUUAUGUCUGUGUUAUUUUUUGUAUACGCUUUAGGAAAGCGUUUGUUGUUCUAUGUUUUGGAUUUAAUAAAGUUUUGUUCAAUACAAUUGUCGAAAGAUGAA